AAAUUGCACCUUCUCACACCAUGGACCUCCUUUACAACCAACUCUUCGAAACCCCUGCAUAUCCGGUCGCGACUUUUACCGGUCAGACUAUCAUUGUCACCGGCUCCAAUGUCGGACUCGGAUUGGAAGCAGCGCGACAUUUUGCUCGUCUCGAUGCGGCAAAAAUCAUUCUUGCGGUUCGCAAUAUCUCCGCUGGCCAAGAGGCAAAGCAGGACAUUGAGGAAUCAACCGGUCGCUCCGAUGUAUGUGAGGUGUGGGAACUAGAUCUUGCUUCUUUCGAGUCCGUGAAGGCUUUCGCAGCGCGCGCCAGCACUCUUCCCCGUCUGGAUGUUGUGGUAGAGAACGCUGGCAUUGCGACGACUACAUUCACCAAAUCUGAAGGACAUGAGCGUACAAUCACCGUCAAUGUGAUCAGCACUUUCCUCCUUGCUCUGUUGCUUCUCCCGAAACUCAAGGAGACUGCCAAGGAGAUUCCAUCUUCUACACCUCAUGUCUCAAUCGUGUCGAGCGAGGUGCACUCGUGGGUUCAGCUAAAGGAAUGGAAAGCCGACCUUGUGUUUGACACCCUCAGCGAUGAGAAAACCGCCAACAUGCCGGAGCGCUACCCAGCAUCCAAGUUACUAGAGAUCCUAGUUGCCCGUCAGAUUGCGCCAAAACUUGCGGGCUCUGGUGUUAUCCUCAACAUGCUUAACCCAGGUCUUUGCCAUUCAUCGCUCCAGAGGGAGAACAUGUCCAAUGCGUUUGCGAGGGUGGCUAUCGGCAUUGCCAUGAAAAUUUUCGCACGAACCACAGAAGUUGGUAGUCGUACGCUUGUUGCUGCUGCCGCAGCUGGCCCGGAGACACAUGGGGCAUAUAUGACGAACGGUAGAGAGGGAAAUGCGGCGCUAUCAUCUUUCGUUAAGAGUGAAGAUGGCAGCAAAGCACAGGAAAAGAUUUGGAACGAAUUGAGCGAGAUAUUGGAGGGUAUUCAACCAGGCGUUACUGCUGUGUUUUCUUAAAUUAGGCUCACCGUUGGAUGCCAUUUGGGAGUGAGUACAGACAGGAGUAUCGUAGAGCUUCCCGAAGACCCUUGCUAAUGCCUUACUCUUACCUAGAGAAAUAUCAAAGACUCCUGGGGCAAUUAAUGUUACCAAAAACCUCACCCAAAAGAUCAGCGUCCAUUCAGAGAUGGAAGAGGAAAUGAGUGAAUUGGGGACAUAUUGACGUGCUUGCCUUAGUCAUCUAUAUUCAUAAUGUCCUGUUUAUUUUGACAACACUUCUUCUCUCUCAAUGACAUUCUCUCCCAAGACUUCCGUUUUAUUUCGCUGGAGGUCCUGAACCUCAGUUACAACAAGAAAUUUGCGGAAUGCCACCAAUGUUGGACCAAUCCGAAUCCAUCCACAUUUCGGACAGCCGAACCCAAGCAGACCACCACAAAGGCAUCAAUAUCCCUCAGAAAUGAAAUAUCAUGCUGUC